AUGGCGGAAGUUCUUACUGCAGCAGCUGACUUAGCCGGCCCACAGAAUGAUGGAUGUUUCACAUUAACAUAUACAGAACGACUUAUUGGCUUUGGAAUUACCGGAUUAUGCGGUUUAGUCGCUGGAAUUUUAUCGAUUGUUGCAGUUUUCAUUCUAAAUAUGCGUAAAUUCGUCGUUUUAUUUACUCUUUCAAGUAUCCUUUAUCUAGUUUCUCUUUGUUUACUUAUUGGAUUCAAGAGAAUUUGUGGCUCAUUUACAGAUCCAAAACGCAUUUACUCAGCAGUAGGAUUACUUGCAGGUACUCUAAUUACACUCUAUUUCGGAUUUGUUAAAAAAUGGAUCAUAUUAUCACUCGUUGGCUUUGUUAUUGAAUUCUUGUCAUUUGUAUAUUAUGCAUUGACGUUCAUACCAGGUGGUGAAAAGAUUUUCCAUUUCCUUUUGUUUUAA